UCACGGGUGAGAGGAGGGAUCGUGAGGGGAGGUUGACAGAGAUGUUUGCGGACGCAGCAGGCUGGGUACGGAAGGGAGAUAGGUUGGAGCAUCCUGGUGCCGAGUCGUCGUGUGCUGCAGAUCGACGGGGCAGCACGAUGGUUGCACCGCCGUCACGACCGCCCACAGCAGGUGCGGCACAGCGAGAUGGUCAUCGACGUCCGAAAGGGCGAUCUUCCACACAUGCUUUGCCAGGUGCCCGACCACCCCCAGCAUCAUUGGAGGAUGACCCUGAUCCUGUCACUUUGCAGACGAGCCGUGGAGGUUGUAUUUCUACUGCACACAGGAUACUGGAUGAGGAGCAGCGAAAUCAGACAGGUACGAAACCGGGCAGUCGUCGAGCUGCUGGGGGCCGCAUGGAGGAUUCCGCGACAGAUGGGGUGCCCAUGCCUAGGGGUAGGAAGACAUACACAACUCUGACUGGCGUUUUGGGACGUUCUGCUGGAGCGGGUGUUGAGAGAGAGGCAGAGGCAGAGAGGGUGGCAGCCAGAGCAGUUGGCAGUCAUGUCGUGUUUGUGUCACAGCAUCCUAUGGAGGGAGAGGAGACGGCGGCGAAGGUGCCGCAAAGGCGGCGAGAGCGCAUCAUCGAUGAUGAUGACACAGACGACGGGCAGUGCGAUGCGCCGUAGACUAGGACUUCGAUUUCGCGCCGAUGAUGUUUAUAUGUACCUUUCUUCAUUUAGAGUUUCACGGGUUUCGU